GCAGUCGCCAUGGCAUGCACCGAGAAGAAACAGGAUUUUAUUGCCCUUGCUGAGGCGCUCACCAAUACGCCGUGGUGUGAUGACUACGAGAAAAUGAUAUCCGGAAUGUUUUACGAUUCUUUCGUGCCCGAGCUAGUAGAGGGUCGCCUACGUGCUCGAAAACUUGUCAAGAAGUAUAACGAUUAUCUCCCUGAUGAUGCAACCAACGAGUCUCUGAAUAAAGACCGUGAGAUCAUGCUGAAGGAAUUCAUCGGUCGAGUUGGUAAAGGAGUUUGCAUUGACCCUCCUUUCAGAGUCGAUUACGGGUGUAAUAUCAUUAUCGGAGAUGAGUUUUAUGCAAACUUCAAUAUGGUGAUCCUCGAUUGUGCAAUUGUGAAAAUUGGUGACCGCGUAAAAUUCGGCCCCAACGUUAGUGUCUUUGCUGCAAUACAUCCAACGGAAGUACAGGCGAGAAGAGAGACUCCGGACUAUUCAAAGGAGGUGACAAUUGGGAACGAUUGCUGGAUUGGAGGCCACACAGUAAUCAUGCCGGGUGUGACAAUAGGUGACGGCGUGACCAUUGGUGCCAGCUCGGUGGUGACAAGAGGCAUUCCAAGCUACUCGAUAGCUCUUGGGUCGCCAGCGAGAGUAAUCAAGAGGGUUGAGUCUGUAGAUAUGCGAUAG